AUGCAUGUUUUAUUAACAAAUGAUGAUGGGCCAUUAAAUGAUGUUACAUCUCCUUAUAUCAGGCAUUUUGUUAAUGCUAUUGAAAAACAUACAGACUGGGAUUUAAGUAUAGUCUUACCUAAUGUUCAAAGGUCAUGGAUUGGGAAAGCACAUUUUGCUGGAAAGGAGCUAACAGCCUCAUUUAUAUAUCCAACAAAGGAAAAUAAUAAUUCGUAUAAUGGGCCAUUUGCUAUGCCAGAUCCCAAUUUAAGAAGAGAAUUGAAAGAAUGGGCGUUAAUUGAUGGGACUCCUGCUUCGUGUGCUGAUAUUGGAAUUUAUCAUUUGUAUAAGGAGAAAGGGCCGGUGGAUUUAGUUUUAUCGGGGCCUAAUUUUGGUAGAAAUACCACGUCGUCAUAUAUAAUGACCAGUGGAACAGUUGGAGCAGCGAUUGAAGCAUCGUUACAAAAUAAGAAAGCAAUUGGAAUCUCAUUUGGAUUUUUCACCAAGAAAACAGAUCCUAGCAUAAUACAAGAGGCUUGCAGAAUUGGAGUGAAGAUUGUUGACCAUCUUUAUAAGAAUUGGCCCAAUGAUAAUUCAAUCGAGUUGUACACAAUUAAUAUUCCGUUAGUUGAAACGUUAUCGUUGGAGACAACCAAAAUUAUUUACACCUCAAUUCUACAAAACAAGUGGGUUUCAUUGUUCAAAAGCCAUCACUACGAUAAUUCGAACAGCCAUAAACAUAUAAAUAAUCGUGAUGAUAAUAGUCCAGACAGCGAAACAGUGGACAUUGUUGAUACCAGUAUAACCAAUCAGUUGCAAUUCAAAUGGAGCCCCAAUUUCAGCUAUGUCCACGAAACCAUCUUGAAUUCUGAGGGAGCCAACGAUGGCCAGGUUGUGAACGAAGGAAACAUAUCGGUUACGCCGCUCAGAGCUAUUUAUGCGGAGGUUCCCAUGGAGGGGGAAAUCAAGCUCGACUAG